GACACGAUGGCGCGGUUUCUGCUGGCAUUUUUUGUGGUUCUUAAUGUUACAUUAAAAUCAACAUUGGGAUUAGUUUUAGAAACUCCCCGCAACGUGGGCAUCAGUGGUGGAAACAUAAUACCCAUUGAAGACGCUCCCUAUAUGGCUGCAUUGUUUUCUGAAAACGAACAACGGUGUGGUGCCACGAUCAUCGACGACCAGUUCGUGCUGACUGCUGCACACUGUCUUGUGAGUAAUAAUUCCGAGGAAUGGAAAAUUCUAGUUGGUUCAGACCAAUUAAACACAGAAGGUGUCUUCAUUGAAGUCGAGAAGGUUCUUUGGCACGAAAAAUACCACUUCUCCAAAGUGGACCACGACAUCUGCUUGUUAAAACUAAAGGAAAAUAUACCAUUUGGGUGUUUUUGGAAUGUGGAGACAAUCGCAUUACCAGAAAACAACCGCCUAAUCUAUGGAGAUGAAUUGGCAAGCGUCACCGGAUGGGGACAGACUGAAAAUGAAUAUCGCGUUUCAAAUGAACUCCGUCAAGCAAUGGUGCCGAUUGUAACAAAUGAAUGCUGUCGUCGAGUCCAUCCUAAUGUGACGGAUGAUAUGAUCUGCGCUGGAGACAAACACCAUAACUUCUGUUUGGGAGAUGCUGGUGGGCCGCUGGUAAUAAGAAACAGGAGGAAUACAGAUAUAAUUAUCGGCGUCGCAUCACAGGACGCGAGAAGCUGCAGCACAUACCCCGGAGUAUACACGAGGGUCGCCAGUUACUUGUCUUGGAUCCAGAGUACCAUUCAACGUAAUAGGACUUGAAAACGUAUUAGAGCUGCAAGUGGAAAUAAUUUGAUGCUUUC